AUGGGGCACUCUCAGGAGAUCAGUGAAUUCAAGCGUGAUACCGGAAUAGGUUGCCACCUGUGCAACAAGUCCAUCCGUGGAAUUUCCUUGCUACUAAAUAUUCCACGGUCAACUGUUAGUGGUAUUAUAACAAAAUGGUAGCAACUGAGAACAAUAGCAACUCAGCCACAAAGUGGUAGGCCACGUAAAAUUACAGAGAGCGGGUUAUUAGCUAAAGACUUCCAAAAUUCCGAAGGGAACUCUUAAGGCACCAGCAUACAAAGACAUUUUGGACAAUUUCAUGCUCCCAGCUGUGUGCAAACAGUUUGGGGAUGGCUCCUUC